UGGACUUGCACUUUUGCAUGAAACAGCCAUUAAACGAAAAAUAUAUUCUUAUUAAACCAAAUGUGGAAUAUAGAUUUAUUUAUUGAUUAUCGUGAUUAUCCCUACAGAUUAGAUACGACUGAAAGCGUUUGUUUGUGGAAAUUAGAUAGCUUUAUUUGAAGUUUUGAUGUGUUGUGAUUAAUGACAACAAAAUGACUAGACCAGCCACUUCAGAGAAUGAAAAAUUUAAAAUAAUACUCCAUGAUCCACCCAGAUCGGGCAGGGGACAAAUAGCCUACAAAUAGCCUACAGUACAGCCAGUUCCCACACCCACUUGUCCGAUUGAUCAAGGCGCUGUGCUUCUGCGUCACGUGACCGGUAUUCCAAACUGUGCGAAAAGCAGAUGGAAAUUACGAAAACACACACAGCAGGGAGUGUAAGUUACGAUUCGACUGUGUGUCAUUUGUGUUUUCUGGGUGGUGUUUGUUUUUAAGAGUUCACAUUGGCUAGGACAAGAGCGCAUGUCUAUUUGUCUGCUACCUUUCUGGGUCAUGUGAUCAGGAGGUGGGUCCAGCAAGCCUCUAACACGACAGGUAAAAACAAGAACAUUGACACAGGACGGACGUAGUUUUGCCGGCUACCAGCGCGAUGCUGAACCCAAUAAGUAGCGGGCGCAAAACGCUGGGGAAGCUUGCGACGCGCCUGGAGGAGGUGAAGAACCCAUGGCGGCCCACUUCCUCGUUAGAGCUUAGCCAUAAUGAAGCGGCGCGUCUCGCCAUGGACGCGCUUCUCGAGUCCGGAGAGAACGAAUACCGGCAGGUUUUGACUGAGGAGAAAGAACUCAAUUUUCUCUCCGCGCUAGAAAUUCGCUAUAUUACCGAGCAUGAGGCAAAGACCGAGAAUCCCAAGAACACCUCUAAUGGAGUGGGAGACUUUGGAGAAGGAGACACGGCUUCAGAGCUCACCUCGGGAACUUAUUUCCCCAUGUUGUCAGAUGAAGAGCCGCCCAUGCUGGAGCUCGGCUGGCCCGAAGUGCCCAACCGUCAAGGGCCCUGCGAGACCAAGAUAUACUUCCAAAGAGACAAGUUGCAAAAUAUCAAAGAUUUGGUUCGGUCGCUAAUCAGUAAGGCCAAGAAGGUCAUUGCCUUGGUCAUGGACGUUUUCACCGAUGUGGACUUGUUCUGUGACUUGCUUGAGGCCUCUCUCAAGCGCAAGGUUUCUGUGUAUAUUCUUCUUGAUGAGAAGAAUCUCAGUUAUUUCACUGACAUGUGCAAUUCGUUAGACAUCCAGCACUCACACUUAAAUAAUAUGCGGAUACGAAGUGUAUGUGGAGACACAUAUUGCACCAAAAGUGGGAAGAAAUUUACAGGACAGGUGCAGGAAAAAUUCAUGAUCAUUGACUGCGAGGAAGUAAUAGCUGGAUCGUACAGUUUUACCUGGCUGUCUGCUCAGGUGCACAGCAACAUGAUUUUGCACUUUUCAGGAGGCAUUGCUGAAAGUUUUGAUCGGGAAUUUCGUUGCCUCUAUGCAGACUCUCAAAUCAUUGAGCGCUUCAAUAACCCCGAUGAGGAAGGGCUUCACUACUAUAAUUACAACAUGGUGGUGCCCAACAUGGACUUUUACCAAGACAGAAGAACUAGAGAGAGGGAGAGGGUAUGCUCAGAACACUCCAGUAGCCAGUCCAGCAACAGCGUCUCCAGCAUUAAAGCAGCUCCAGGUUUAACGGCUCAAGUCUACAAGGUCACCCAGGAAAAGGAGGACACUGGCACAAUCAAGAGCUCGGAGAAGCGGGGUGUUUCAAAUUCAGGACUUCAUAUGCCUCAAGGCAGUCACAUUGGCAGAGGAUUCCACAAUGAUUCCCUGCAGAAUCCAGUAGUGGAAUGUUCAACGUCUGGAGUGGAAUGGGCCAAAGCAGGAGCCUUCCAAACCAACCUUGCAGGACCAACAUCCAAAUUUCAAGCCCUGGAUCUCUAUGACCACAAUUACAUUGCUGCCAAAGCACAACCAAAUCCUCUAAUGGAGAACAAAACACCCAAAGUACGUAGCCCUACCAGUCCUUUUUUUAACAAACUCACUGAUCUCUUCUCCUCUUCAGCCAGAGACAAGGACCCCUAUGAAUUAUAUAGACCGCCUCCAUAUAGUACAGCUUUUGGGGGUCCAGAUCUCUCACAAAAUGAACCCGAAAGUAGUCAAAGUCCUCCUCCACCAGUGACUUUGCCCAAGGAACGAGUAGGCCAGGAUGGCAGAAUCACCCGAGGGGAUGAGAAGCGCAUGACAUUGGGACACAGCAAACUGGACCUGGUCAACCGCUACAACAAGAUGAAAUCAAAGCAGGUGUACAGCCGCUUCGAACUGAAGAACAACUGACCUUUAUAUCACACCUGGCCUCAUUUACUUGAUGUAGGUUUUCUUGUAAUACCUCUUGGGCAAGCCAGCUUAAAUUCUAGUGGAAUGUGGUAUU